AUGGACUCCCCAUACACAACGUCCAGUUCUAACGUGGACCCUUGGAGGACAGACUUAGAUGACCAGAGUCCACCUCCCAACAUCUUCUUUGACCUGACCCCGCGGGAACACGGGGGCGAAGGAAAUAUGGCCUCCCUAGGCCUCAGCCCCAUGGAGCUGGAGCAGCUGCCCAACUUUUUCUCCCUGCCUCCGUGUGCCCCUUACAAGUACGGGCAUCUGUCUGACAGAGAAUAUCCACCUAAAGGGCCUCAUGACAUCGCCGACGCUCUGCUGUCCUUGAAGCACGCUGUCGUCCAUCCUGACCUCAGGGGGCCCCUGUCACCUCACACACCUCCCCCGCCGCCACAGACGAUGCCUCACUUCGGCUCCACGCACUACCCUGGGCAACACAUGACCGGAUACGGCAUUCCUUCCCCUGGCCCCCACCACUACACCCACGGACACUACUCGCAUGGACAUUCCGCCCCGCAAGGGUUGGCCUACUCGAUGAACCACAACACGCCAUCGGUGCAAGCAUCCUACGGGCCCCAGAACAUGGGCCCUCCGCACCAAUACGCUCAGUACGACCAGUGCCCCAGUCCCGGCAUUCAACACUCGGUGCAGACGACAAACGUUCACUUUCCUUCCAUGAGCGUCAACGUUUCCAUGAGCAUGAAUGUUGGGAUGACCCCGAACCUGGGACCUGGACAGUACAACUGCGGCGGAGGCGGGGGGACUAAUGUCGGGGGUCCUAGCCAAAACUGGACCCUCCCACCAACGAGCCCGCCAAUGCCUCCCCCUCCUCCGACAGUGUUAUCCCAAUACCACCCAGCAGGAUCCUCCAACCUCCAGCCCUACUGCAACGGUUACUCCGCAUCGCAGCCGCACGCCUUCAGCCACUUUAAUUCAGACUACCGGCCGGUCCCUCCGGAACACAGGGCCACUGUCUACUACAAGCCUGUCGCAGAGACCUUCAAGGAGAGCAAGUUCUGUCAGGUCAAUCACCACCACCACCACCACCACCAUCACGAGCACGUCCUCAAAAGAGCCAGGUUCGGGUCCGAGCGGUCCCUUUCAGCAUCGUCGGCGCUCGACGCUGGUCUCGUCAAGACGAAUCUCUGUCGCAUUUGCGGGAAAACGUACGCCCGGCCCAGCACUCUCAAAACGCACCUCCGGACACAUUCCGGCGAGAAGCCGUACAAGUGCAGCACCUGCAGUAAGUCCUUCUCCCAAGCGGCGAAUCUGACCGCGCAUCUUCGAACACACUCGGGCGAGAAGCCGUUCCGCUGCCCUGUGUGCGAGCGUCGCUUCUCCCAGAGCUCCUCCGUUACGACACACAUGAGGACGCAUUCCGGCGAGCGACCUUAUCGCUGCCGCAUGUGCAAGAAGGCUUUCUCUGACAGCUCUACCCUCACAAAACACUUACGGAUUCACAGCGGGGAAAAACCGUACCAGUGCAAGCUCUGCCUCCUGCGAUUUUCUCAGUCGGGAAAUCUCAACCGGCACAUGCGGGUUCACUCCAGCAACGCAUAAUUUGAUGACGCAAUCGAACGUUUAUUUAACUGGCCAAGCCUGAACCAAUAGCUAAUCAGGAAUAUCUAGCAGCUUAUAAUGUGCAUUCAAGCUAUAAAUUAGGCUAACGAGGAAACUUGUUGAGUGGCGCCAUGUGAGUUCUGUUUACACGUUCGAUUGACUCUCCCAGAAGUCAUGGACUUUAUAUCAUGUGGAUAGCUGCAUUCCUGAAGCACAAAAGCAAUAUAUGUAUUAUUGACAAAGUAUAGUCACUCGAUAUGUUGUGUAAUAAUACACAAAUAAUAUUAUGCACAGAUAAAAAUGCACUUUGAAAUCUAAAUUUUUACAGGAUAAAGUCACACAGACCAUCAUAAGUCAUUUAAGAAAUGUCCAUUGAAAUAACAUUAAAAAAAAAAGUACCACAAGUGACACAAAUAUUGCCUUUGAAUCGUAUUAGAAUGAACACAAGCCAUUCAAGUUUAAACAGAUUACUUUUGAGCAUUAUCUACACAUAACAUUCUUUGAAGUUUGUUUUUACCUUGAGUACAAAGUGAAAAUGUGUAAGAAGAAAAUUCCUAAAAAAAAAUAUAAUUAAAAGUUUGCAAACAUUCCGCAAUAACAUCCAUUAUUACGUACCAGUCAAUUGUUAUGUAUCAAUAUUUUUCACAAUUAUAUUUUAUUGUGAUUUUUUUUUUGAAGAUCUCAUUUUGUGUGUUUGUAUGUGUGUGUGUUUGCGUGCGUGUAUAAAUAGAAUAAUGAUUUAUUUUUCAAUGCUAAGUUCUAAUUGAGUGUAAUGUGUAAAAGCAAUUUUGGCGCUUUCAAAGUUUUGGUAUUUCUCGACUUCUGGUUAAUUUACCUCUAAACAUGUCUCAGUCAUAAUGAAUGGCUUAAAAUAUGAACUAGCCCCCCCCUCCCCCCUUUUCCCCCACCUUUUUCUCUCCAUUCUUUUAUCACAGCCUAGGCACACAAAUCGCCAUUGUCCUAAUUCUGAAAUGGACAAUAUAGUUUCUUUGCACAAGGACCAGGUCAGAAACACGACAUACUUGGACUCUUUCUGUACCUUCGACUUUUUCCUCGUACAACCCAAACCUUUAAGCUCCUUGCACAUUACACGGUUUGGGACAUGCGGCAAAAAGAACCUUUUUUCCCCCUCUCCGUUGAGGAUACGCUUUGGACGGCAAUUUUCUUUUGCCGUAUUUAGAUAUUCCACAUUUUUUUUUAAAUUUAAUUUUCGUGAAUUGUUUUGAAAGAUUCAUCGUAAACAAAAUACUUCUUCGUGAUUGGUUCAUUUCUUGUAGCUGUACUGCUGAAAAACGUUUAGUCUGAAAUGAGCCAUUUGGCAAGUUAAAUCAUUAAAUCUGAUCCUGCUGUAUGGCGACCGUGGGGUCCAGUUUAAAAGAGCCGUACGGCUAUCUGACUGUCACGGCUAAUGUGAAUACCCCGGUGCCAUUUUUUUCCCACAGUUGUAGCCUUAAGUUCUUUCGUGGUUUUUUUUUUUUCGUACGACGAAAACCGUGUAGUGUGUAACGGGCCUUACAGUAGAAAUCAUGCUCCUCUGCACUUAACUGUAAGCAUAAAAUAUUCCUUCCAUACUUAAUAAAGGGCAAAUCUGGCAAGUUAAAUCAUUAAGUCUGAUGCUCCUGUAUGGCAACCGUGGGGUCCAGUCUCAAAGCGCCGUACGGCUAUCUGACUGUCACGGCUAAUGUGUAUGCCCCCAUGCCAUUUCUUUUUUUCCCCCAUAGUUGUAGCCUUAGGUUUUUUUUGUUUUUUUUUCGUACGACGAAAACCGUGUAGUGUGUAACGGGCCUUAAAGUAGAGAUCAUGCUCCUCUGCACUUAACUGUAAAUAUAAAAUAUUCCUUCCAUACUUAAUGAAGGGCAAAUUUAGCAUAUUCCUUCCAUGCAUAAUUCUACUGAGAUAAAUUGUCUAUUAAAAUUGUUGUUGAAGAUGCUGCAUAAUAUUUGGAAGUGAGACAUUGCCGCUGCUACAGAACAAAUAGAAAGGCAUUACCUAAUAACAUUAUCUUUUUCUACACAUUGUUUUUCAAUGUGAAGGCCGAUAUUUAGGAAUUGGCGAACUAGCGAACUAGAAGUUUUUCUAAUGGAAGAUGAUUCAAACUAAACCAAUGUGUCUUCCAAAACAACACUCAAGGGAGUCAUGACAGGCAAAGAUCAGUGAUCGUAAAGAGCGCCAAAUAUUUAAAGACGUAAUCGUUUUCAGCAUGUAAGGAACAUAUUAGAUAAAUUGCGGCCAGGGGCGGACUGGCUAUAUGGGCCAUUCGGGCUAAUGCCUGGUGGGCCGUUACCCAAAUGGGCCGGUAUGGCCAACGAAAGGGCCUCUUGGAUACCACUAUGGCUCGUAUUAAAAUGUUAAGAAAUGUCCGGGCCUAUUUUGACACCCAGUUUGCCCCUGAUUGCGGCGUUUCUCCUUUCGGGGGAGGGGGCGCCAACAAUAUAGUAAAACAAUCAUUUGUUUCAAAAAAUGCUGACAAUGUGACAAAGGAUUACUAGCGAACGGGUUCGUUUGUCAUCUCAUUUGUUUGGGACAUUGCCUAUACGUCACAGGAUUGCAAUCUCAGCUUGUCAUUAGAGUCCCGCUCUAGUGGAAAUAAUGAGCGUUAGCAUUUGGAGUCAUUACAAUUGGCUACAUAAGUAGGUUAAUUCUGGUAGAAUGAUAAUAUCAUAAAUUUUCUUUAAGAGUAUAAUGUUGAGUU